CGGAGGCAGGCGUGCUGCGUCUGGCGGCAUUUAAGCGCUUGCAGAGGCGCGCGGGCCGCCUUGCUGCUGCUCGUCUUCUGGCCUGUCUCUUCGCCCCCCCCCGCCCCAGAUGGACCCGUUCCCCCCAUUCAAGCACACCAAGCCCUUUGUGGCUAGAAAAAGCGAAGUGGCUGCCAUCCGGAUCAAGUUUCCUAGCAAGCUGCCGGUCAUUCUGGAGCGCUAUCAUAAAGAGAAGUCGUUGCCAGCUUUAAACAAGAUCAAGUUUCUAGUCCCCCAGGAGCUCACCAUGGGCCAGUUUGUCACCAUCAUCCGCAACAGGAUGUCGCUGGGCUCCAGCCAGGCCUUCUACUUCCUCGUGGACGGCAACCACAGCCUGGCCAGCAUGUCGGCCACCAUGGCGGAGGUCUACGCCGCCUACCAGGACGAGGACGGCUUCCUCUACAUGGCCUACGCUUCCCAGGAGAUGUUUGGCUGAGGGAGCCCUCCGGGGGGGGGGAGUUGGGCUCAUCUGGACGGGCUGCUGGGCCACCCCCCCACUGCCUCUUUUCCUGGCCCCCUGCAGACCGAGGGCCCCCCUUGGCUCUCUCCGCAGCAGCACCGCAGAGCCCCUUCUGCUCCCUGCCCACCAAGCCGGCCUCCUCCCCGUGCUUGGAGCCACUCCAGGCCUGCUUGGCUUGGGCCCCUGGGGUAGCUGUGGCCCCCCUCUGGCCCUGGAAGAAGAAAGCCUGCUGGGGAUGGAUGGGGGGGGACACACCCAGUGGGGGACAUCUCCCCCCCCCCGCCCAUCACAUUGCUACCACCACCACCACCACCACUCUAGGUUGGGCAGAAACUUUGCACAGCUCCUGGGUCCAGGGUGGACAAGCACUGGUUUGUUUUUUGCAGGAGAGGGGAGGCCCCACACAAGUCACCGGGGGGGGGGGGUAGGGGGGCUUUCUUGCCUGUAAUGUUGGAUGGAGGGGAUUAAAGAGAUUUCUGUGGCUUCCUGUGUCUCUUUGUCCCUGGCGUGCUGCCCUGCCUGCUCUCGGGUGCCCCCCUCAUCCCAGCCACCCCCUUCCUCUGCCCUGGGGGGUCUGAGCCUGAGAACAAACAUGCACACAAGAGCACAGCAGGGAGGAGACUCUCCGGGGGGGGGGACCUGCAGCCAGGGAUGCCGGCUGGGUGCCGACACUGGGGUGUGUGCGUGUGACUUGCCUUGUACUGGGUGGGGGUUUUUUUUAGGACUUUAGGCUUCUAUAAGCUGCUGUCGGUGUCAAGGCAGAGGGGUGAUGCCCGGAUGCUUGGUGGAGGGUCCCCCCAAGAGGCUGUAGAGCAGGGGAGGCACCCUCUGCCCAGGCCCCAUGGCACAGUCAUCCCCACAGCCGCCACAGGCCCACCCCCAGAAGCACAUCUGCUGGAGCCAAUCAGAUGCUUCCAGGCCGGUGGGGGUGGGGGGGUUGUGCCCGCCCCCUCCUGCUUACACGCCAGCCUGGGUUCCCCAGACGCUGGACUCCCGCUCCCAUCACUGCAAAGGGCAGGGGUGAUGGAAGGUGCAGUCGGGCAGUUCCCCACCAGCAACGGCCCUGCAGCACCCUCUGGAAGACCCCCAGGGAGGCUGAUCUAGGAAAGGGGUGGGGCAGCCCCGUCGGUCUCUUUGGGGCUGGUUCAGCCCCCCCCCAGACUCCUGCAUGAGAGAGACCCCCCCACCCCAGCCCCUUCAAACCAGGUUAGCUGCCAGGGGUGAAAGGCUGGAAGCUGCUGGGGGUCUCCGGGAAGCCUUCUGGCCUGGAAGUUUUUUGGGGGGGCUUCCUGUCAGAGUAAAUGGGCCCCUCGAUGGGGAUUCAUGACCUGGCUGCAGCCGGAAAAGGAGCCAGAAGGCCCUCGACAGGAGCCCUCUCUCGGCUCCCCUUCCAGCCCGCCUGGCGAUGGCUCAGCCGCAGCCCCCAAACUCUUGCCCCGCUCAGGUGGGGCAGGGAGGAGCCGGGCUUGUGCCCCACAAAGGGCAGGAGGGGGAGGGCGCCAGAGGCCAGCCGGUGCCCGUCCCCGAGAAAAGAGACCCCACACACAAGGAGCGUUUUC